AUGGCGGCGGCGCGACUCCCUACCCUCUCUACUACGACCUCAUCAUGCACCGCCCCAGCCUCCGACGCCGACAGGAGCCUCGUCUUCUUCGACGACGAGAAGAAGGAAGAUGAGGGAGGGGAGCGGGUGGUCAGUAAGAAGGGCGUUGAUAGCGACGACAAAGGGGAGGUGCUGGAGAGGAAGGUGGAAGACUUCUUCAGGUCUCUGAAUAAGGGCCCCGGCCAAGCCGACACCAAGGCCAAGAGACCGGGAGCGGAGCCGUGGCAGGUGAAGCGCGAGGUGCCAAGGGAGGAGGAGCGUCCGUAG